GGGUGUCUUCUUUUUUGUUUGCAUGUUUUCUCUUUUGCUGCGCAUUUGCACCUGUCGGCCACCGUAGUCGGCCACCGUACAUUUGAGCCUACCAUAAAUUACUGUUUUAUUACGUAGGAAGUGUUUUACGCAAAAUCGUUUGUAACGUUUACUGUCCCCAAGCUCGCUUCAUUAAGAGUUAUUCUAUCGAAUGCCAAAUGUGAUUUGUUCUACAUUUUCGAUGGUAUUACUAUCGAUAUCUCUAAAUCUAUAACGUAAUUUACUAAACAGCGUUUUUACUAUGUGAUUUUCCUUUUCAAACGCCACGUCAUCUGCUUUGACCGAGCUGCCGUGAACAUCUCACUGACAUGCGUUCGUAGCGGUCUAUUCGGAUUGGCAGGAUCACUAGCACGAGAAACAUGGGAGACGAUUUAGGUGACGACUGGUGGAAGCAUGACGAUGCAGUUGAGGCAGAUGAAGAGUCAGAGCAGGAGAAGGAGCCAGCAGAAAAGGCAAAGACAAAACCAGAGAAGAGGAAAAUGGUGACAGAGAAAAGCCCUAAAGCCAAGAAGAAGAAAAAUAAUGAUCAGAAAGGGUGUAUAACUCCUCAAAAGAAAGAAAUAGAAGAUCAGCAGUCAACUAAACCCCAAAAGAAGAGAAAGAGAAAAAAGAAAACUAUCACAGACGUUUUGGCCACCUCGGAGCCAAAGCCGGGCAAUGCAGCUGACCUGCAGGACCUGAUUACUCGGUACUACUCAGACAAGCGCUCCGUGAUCGAACUGGAAGAGCUCAAACUGCAGAACUCCUGCUUUCUAUCCAGUAAUGACUUGACACACACACUCUCCUCUUAUCUGAAACAAGUUUGUCCCAAGUGGGCAAAGAUCCAAAAGCAGCAUUCAGAAAAGAGUUCAGUGGUUAUACUGAUUGUCUGCAGCUCUGCGCUUCGAACUAUAGAACUCCUCAAGCAGCUGACUGCUUUCAAGGGCGAAGCCAGAGCAGUGAAGCUUUUUGCUAAGCACAUCAAGAUAGAGGAGCAGGUCAAGCUGCUGCAGAAAGGCAUCACACACAUCGGAGUGGGAACACCAGGCAGGAUCAGCGCUCUCAUUGACAAAGAGGGUUUGAGCCUGCAGGCUUUGAGGUACCUGGUUGUUGACUGGAACUGGAGGGACCAGAAGCUCAGGCGGAUGGUGGACAUUCCUGAGAUCAAACUGGACUUCUUGAAGCUGCUGGAGAACGAAGUCCUGGCUGCUUGUAAAGAAGACAAAGUCAAAAUUGGACUAUUUUAAUUGAACAUCUAUGUGAUCUUAUUGUUUUAAAUGAUCACUGAGGGGCCUCACACUGUUUGUUUCCUACUGUGUUUAUGUCUGCUUCUCAUUUAUUCUAUUUUUGUUAGACCAGAGUUUCUACAAAGUCUUGAGAAGUUUAGGAAAGUAUAAAAUAUCUCGUCGUUUUCUAGGUCUGGGUUAGUAUGGAAAAAUGUUUGGGUGUCCAGAUUUUAUUCCCCAUUUAGUCCCCGUCUAAAACGUUACAGCCCGAGUUUGCCUCUCAACCACUUUAAAUCAGACUUUUAAGCUGGACCUGGAGUUUGGUGUAAUUGCUGUACAAAACUUUGAUACUGCUGUUUUCACAUUUCUACAAAUAGAAGUAAGCAUAUCACAGAAUCUGUAUUUACUAAAAUCAAGCAAAUGGAAGACGACUUCAGAGUGAUGUUUCAUGAAAAUCUAACUUCUAUAAAAACAGUUAAAGGCACAUUCCUUGUACUUUGACUAUAAUAGCUCAAAAGCUUCAUAAAAAUGCAGAAGUAUAAAAAGAACUAUGACAUUGUGGAGUGGAAAGGAUAUAGGAGCCGUUUGUGUAAAAUGCAUGUCAAAGUGUGAUGCGUGGAAUAAACUAGCUCAAUAUAAAACCUCCAAACUGUUGUCUGUGCUUACAGGAAGUCCCUCUUGAAAAUGUAAGGUCACUGGAUUACGCCAAACAGGAAAUCAUUUAUCAUAGCAACUUUAGAGUAAUUAAAUUCUUCUUUUUUUUUAUCAGCGAAUAAGAGGCAAAACUCUUGUAUGGUUACAGUCGGAUAAAACAGG